GCAUUGUUGUUUAAAUAUCUGGACAUAAUCUCAAUAUGAAUGUUAUUCAGGCCUUGUUUCUUAGAUCUAUCAUGGUCCAGUGUAGAAUUUGUUCAUAUCCUUGCUUACUUGAAACGGUUUUAUACUUUCUUUCUUCUAUCUUUUUCUUUCUUUCUAUAGAUUAUAAAUGUCAACUAAUACAGUUGCAUUAACCAAUACACUCCUUUCAAAAUCAACACCCACUGUACGUAUUAUUACACAGACAGACUAUAUCUAUUCUACUAUAUUUGCACCCAAUGAACCUACUUUAUCAGAACAAAUACCAUCGGUGGAUAAUGACGAGUGGGAGCAUCAUAUGCGUUCUUUUUUUCCUGUCGUAUUAGCAUUUGCUAUUAUAGGUGUAUUAGUUGUGAUAGGCUGUCUGAUCUACUUGGCUUAUCGAUUUUGCCAAGCAAGUCGAACCACAGAUCCAGGCGAUACCGAAUUCAACUUUGACGAUGAGCAUAAAAAGACCAUAAUUAGUCCUAUUUCAGCUACUCUGUCUCAUAUCAUUCCUUGGUUAGCUAUUCCUUCACCUAAACCAAAAGACAAUACCCUCUUUCACCCAUAUCAACAAGAACCCAUUCGAUUUGACAAGUCGGAUAUGAGGCAUGUCACAAGUCAUCGCAGCAGCAUCACUUCUUCUACCACUCGACGCCCCUCACUCGCACCUUCAUGGUUGACCAAGAUACUUCCCAACAAGUUUGGUACGCAUGCCUAUCCUAGACCUUCGCGACACAUGUCAUUACCUAUUAUUUUCUCAAAUAACGAUAGUCCUAUUGAUAAUCUCAAUAUUCCUAUUUCGUCUACUUUUGUACCUAUCGAUAAGUCUUCAUUGACACUGGUGCCUCGUUCUGAAAUCUGGCUUGAUCCUCAUCGUCGACGAGGCGUGGAUGAAUUAGAAAUGUGGGAGAAAAGGCAUCAUAGUACAACAGGAACUGAAGUGCAGACCAUUGUUGCUCCUGAACCUCAGCAACCACUUAUGUGGCGAUUUCCCUCUCAAAAUGCCUAUCCAGACUCACCAGAAUCGUUUGGAAGAAGAUUUUCAUUGCCUUUGAAUUAUAUGGAUCAAGAUAUGAGCCCUAGAUCUUCAGCAACAGUACAUGAUAUAGGCCCUUCUUAUGCCACUAGGGCACAGGUAAAAAAAAAAAAAAUUAGAGCUAAUGAUGAUUGAUACACUCUCCCCAUAGACGGCUCAACCUCAUUAUGAUAAUGAACCCUCUUCAAGCCAAGGUCCUUUUGAAUUCAGUGGUCAACCAGAACAACACUUUACAAUCACAGUCAGACUUCCAAAAUCAUCCAGACAGAGACAGGAAGAAAAGGCUUCAC